AUGAUCUAAAAUGUUUAGAACAAACCUAAACUCUUAAAUCAAAUACCAGAAUACAUAUUAAACAAUUAAGCCUUGAAUAAUGCAAUAAGUUAGUUACCCAAACAUUACAAUUUUGAAAUUCAUAAGACAAUCAGCAGAAUUAUUGAGACUCAAGAGAGACUGUAAAGACAAAACAUCUUAAUCAAUUUGUAAUUUCCAGAAGGACUAUUACUAUAUUCUUGCAUGAUAUCAGAUAUUCUAACAACAUUUACUGGUUGUGAAACCUUUAUAAGUGGAGAUGUCACAUAUGGAGCUUGUUGCAUUGAUGAUUUGACCGCAGAUGAAAUGCAAGCUGAUUACAUAAUUCAUUAUGGUCACAGUUGUUUGGUUCCAAUUAAUGAAUGUGCAGUUAAAACCUUGUAUGUUUUUGUGGAAAUUAACAUUGACACUAAACACUUAUUUGAAACCAUCUAAAAGAAUUUCACUGAUAAGAAUAUCAAAUACUAUCUAAUGGGUACAAUUCAAUUUAAUACUUAUAUCCACUUACUCAAGAAAUAAUUAGAGGAGGAUGGUUAUAAAAUUGCAAUUCCCUAAGAAAAACCUAGAUCUUCAGGUGAAGUCUUGGGAUGCACUUCCCCUAAAUUAGAGGUAUCUUAAGAUAGUAGAAAUAUAGUCAUCUUUGUAUGUGAUGGUAGAUUUCAUAUGGAGUCAACCAUGAUUCAAAAUCCACAAUUUGAAUUCUUCUAAUAUGAUCCAUACACUUAUCGACUUACUAUAGAAAAGUACGACAAUCCAAAAAUGAUGAAUUUGAGAUAUUAAUAAAUUGUGCAAUGCCAGAAAAUGUAACCUUAAUUAGCAUGCAUCAUUAUGAGCACACUUGGAAGACAAGGGAGCACUUAGAUUUUGUAGAGAAUUGAAGAAUUGUUGAAAAAGCAUUAGAUACAAUAUUUUACUCUUUUGAUAAGUGAAAUCAAUUUCGAACAACUAAAUUAAUUGAACGAGGUUGAUAUCUUCAUAUAAAUUGCUUGUCCAAGACUGUCGAUCGACUGGGGAGUGUAAUUCUAGAAACCUUUGUUAACUCCAUAUGAAACAUAUGUUAUGUUGGGGGAGGCUGAUUGGAAACAAAUCUAUCCUAUGGAUUAUUACUCUAACAAUGGAGGGGCUUGGACAAACUAUUAUCACAAACAAAAAGUUAAAUUAAACUAUGAAUGA